AGCACAGCAGCAGCAUGGCGAAUAAAGAUCCCGGAAACUUUUUGCAGCAGCUGAGGCAGAUUGCUGGCAGGAUGGGGUCCGGCCCCCGAGGGCUUGGGCUGGGCAUGAAGCUGCUCAUCGGAGCCGGUGCCCUUGCCUACGGUGUCAAAGAAGCCACAUACACAGUUGAGGGUGGCCAGAGAGCCAUUAUCUUCAACAGAAUUGGAGGGAUGCAGAUGGACACUGUGCUUGCAGAAGGAUUGCACAUCAGGAUACCGUGGUUCCAGUACCCCAUCAUCUAUGAUAUUCGAGCCAGGCCAAGGAAGAUUUCAUCUCUCACUGGAAGCAAAGAUCUCCAGAUGGUGAACAUAGGUCUUCGUGUCCUUUCUCGGCCCGUUGCCUCAAGCUUGCCGGUCUUGUACCAGCAGUUGGGGAAAGACUAUGACGAGCGUGUGCUUCCUUCCAUCGUCAACGAGGUGCUCAAGAGCGUGGUGGCCAAGUUCAACGCGUCCCAACUCAUCACGCAGAGAGCCCAGGUGUCACUACUCAUAAGGAGAGAUCUAAUCGAGAGAGCUAAAGACUUUAACAUCAUCCUGGAUGACGUGGCCAUCACAGAGCUCAGCUUCAGCAAAGAGUACACUGCUGCUGUGGAGGCCAAACAAGUUGCCCAGCAGGAGGCCCAGAGGGCUCAGUUCUACGUAGAGAAGGCCAAACAGGACCAGAGGCAGAAGAUCAUCCAGGCCGAGGGUGAAGCCGAGGCUGCUAAACUGUUGGGUCAAGCUGUUUUGAAGAACCCUGGAUACCUUAAACUUAGACGUAUCAGAGCAGCCCAAAGUAUCGCCAAAACGGUGGCAACUUCUCAGAACAAGGUGUACCUGAGUGCAGACAGCCUAGUUUUGAACCUCCAGGACGACUACUUUGACAAGCUGUCACUGGGGAAAUGAGGAGCGUCAUCCAUGAAGAACAUAUGCAUUCCAUAUGUAAGCAGUGUUCGCCGAGCCACUAUAUUUCUGUCCUCAUCCUAAACGUGACUGUGAGCAGAGCCUCUCUCACGGUACAGUUCAGCUCGGGCUCAGAUUACACACUGGUCUGGCGACCUUACAGAUUCACACGUACAUAUCCAUUUAUACACCGUUGUUUGUCAUUCAGCAAGACAUUUUUGGAUUAUUUUCAGCUCAAGAAUUGGAUUUUUUGGAAUCAGGUGGCUUUAAAUACUAAUGGUGAUUACAACAAAUAUACAUUGCAAACAAUUAAUGGUCACGUGUUCAUUUAUCCCAUUUAUUAUUAUUAUACCCGUUUACCAUCUAUAUUUUCUGCUGUUGGAUUCCACUUUAAAAGUGUUGACUGAUACAAAAGGACUUGCAGCAAUUUUGAUUAAAUAAUGUUUUCAGGACUA